AUGCUUGUGCAUGAAGACAAUAAUUAAAAUGGUCCUGAUGAAUUGAAAUAGUUGACUUAUGAUGAAGCAUUAACUUAAGUUGGUGGUGCAGGGUUAUAUUAAAAAAGAGCAUUUCUGAUAUUUGGUUUAUAGUGGAUGAUUACAAAGUAUGACUAGAAUUCCACAUUUUUAGUUGGAUAUUAUUUUCACCAGUUUUCUUUUUUAUAGAACCCACAGUUGAUUGUAAAUACAAUGGAGAAUGUUUGAGUGAAUGUACUUCUGAAUCAUUAGACGAGAAAUGUCUAAAUUAUGUUUGCGUAUAUUAUAUGAUUGAUGUAGGGUGAUUCUGAACGUAGAGAGUUUGUUAUUGGCGAAUCACUAAAUACAGCUUUUAAUGCUUUGUUACCUUGUAACAAAUAACUGCAAUCAAUUAUAAAAUCUAUUGUAUAUAUUGGAUCUUUAUCUGGAUUUUUUGUUUUUUCAUUUAUUGCAGAUAAUUAUGGACGUAAAUUGGCUCUUUCUAUAUCUUGGGGUAUGGCAACUUUAGGUUCACUCUUACUGGCUGUAUAUAAUUUAAUUAUAAAAAGUUUGCUAUGAAUUAUUCAAUGAUAGCCAUCGGAAUAUUUCUAUUAGGUUUUGGAGGGAAUCCAGCAAUAACUGUACAUUAUUCAUUUAUUAAUGAACAUUCACGUAAUCAUUGAAAAUAUAUUAUUAUAGAAGGUCAUUUUAGAGAAUUUUAGAAUGUUGGAGUAUAGGUAUUUUUUGGUGUUGGAGAAUUUACAAUAAUAACCUUAGCCUAUUUUAUAACUAAAUGGAGAUGGUUAGCAAUAUCAGUUGCAAUACCAACAGUUUUAUUAAAUCUUUGUAAUUUUCUGAUUUUUGAAUCUCCUUAAUUUCUAUACUCAAAAAACAAGAAAAAAUGUGUCAAGAUUCUUAAUUAAAUAGCUAAAAUAAAUGGAACAUAACCACUUGCAAUAAACGAUUUAAUAUCAAAUCCAUAAAGUAAGGAGAAUAAUUCAAGAGUUUAUACUGUUUGGGAUUUAUUGAAAUAUAAAUCAUUAAGAUAUGUAUUUUUUGCAGGAUUAAUGAUGUUCUUUGCUAUUUAAGUAACUUAUUAUGGAAUUAGUUUUGUUAGUGAUUAAUUAGGUCUAGAUUUCUUUCUUAGUAAUUUCAUUAUUGCAUUCUUUGAACUCUUAGCUUAUGCAACAACAGGUAUAAUAUCUUUUUAUCUUUAGAUUUCUUUAUAACUAAAUUGAAAAGAAAGAAAAAUAUUAUAGGUGGUUUCUUUAUUGUAGGAUUUAUGAGUCUAUACUUUAUAUUCAAAAGUGAUCAUAUUUUAUAUAGAGUAUUUCAAGGCAUUUUAGCAGGAGUAUUUACUUUUUAUAUUUAAUAAAUAGUUAAUGAGAUUUUUAAUCUGUGUUGUUUGGGCAUUAGGAUAUGUUUAUGUAUCUGAAUUAUUUCCAUCCGUAGUUAGAUCUUUAGCUUUAUGUUUGAUAUCAGCUGGAGGUUCAUUAGGAAGUAUUGUUUAAGCAUUCCUAAUUAAUAUUUGUGCUUCAAUUAAUAUUCAUCCUAUGGUUGCUUUUGGAUUUAUUGCAUUUUUAUGUUCAUUGCUUUUAUUUCCUUUAAGAGAAACUUUGCAUUAACCUUUAUUAGAAAAAAUAGAAGAAGAUAAGGAUAGAAUCAGAAAGAGCAUGCUUUAAGUCAAUGAAUCAGAAGAAAUUACAACAUCUAUUCCUACUCUUAAUAGUAAAGAAAAAUGAGAUUUGUUAAUUUCUAUUUGUUUAUUAUUAAAUAAAU